AGCCGCGUUGGACCCGACCGUUCACCCCGUCGCACCGCGUUGACCGCCAUGGAGCGUGCGGAAGAAGAUCCAUGGAGCGAUUGUGCGGGAGUGAGGGAAGUCCUACAUCGAGAGCCAGGUGGGCCGGUGGGUCCACUUCUCAAGUACCAAGAGUACAUGGGCCUGCAAGAAUUUGAGAGCAUUAAGGCAACAGUGGCCAAGGAGGCGAUCCCCAUGAGGAGGUAUCAGAUGAGCGACUAUCGGCCGGGCCAGGUGGAAGAAGCAACGAAGGAGGAGGCACCGGUUGAAGAAGCGGUGCCAGGUCAGCCGGAGUCGGAAGGACGACCACCAAGCGAAGGCGGCAAGCCAACACCGAGUGCUCCCAGGUCUUCACCUCCCAAGCCAGAUGCCCUGCAAGUGUGGCUGGCGGCAAAGGAACGUGCCUUGGAGUCUCCGCGAAAACCCAUUGUGAUGCCGUCGCCCCGUGGGACCGCGGCGCGCGCGGCUGGAAAGCAGAUUGUGCAGCCGGAACGAGGGGUGGCAUUGGAGUCGAUCGCACCGGGUGAGACCCCGCGCCUGCAGGUGAGUAUGGUCAACCCCAUGAGCCUUACGAUGCGCAGGCGUGAACGGCCGCGCCGAGGGCCCAUCGUCCGCGACCAGGAAAGAGCCAAGUACCCUGCAGGCACGUUGUUGCGGCCGGUGCGCAUGUCCAACGAGGAGAGCUUCAGGAAGUUGAUCGACAACUUCGGCAGCUCUGCUCGCGUCGACGCGAAAGAGUCACAUCCUUCCAGAGCAUUCAGCAUGAUUCCCAAGACGAAUCUGAGAGUGCUGUGAAGAAGUCAGCCUCGUUGAUGAAAAAAGCGCGGCUAUACAGGCAGGCCAUGGCUUGCCUUUCUCAAAAAGAAGGGGCUCUUUGAAUUCUCCUCGCUUGCUUUAUGUUGUUC